AUGGAUUUUUUGGGGGAUUGUUGUAGAGAAUAAAUAAGCAAAUAUGUUUACAUCCACGCAGGGGCAUUUCAUAGUGUGCUUUUCAUUUGCUUUGAGCUGUCAUCUCUUGGAGACUGUAACCGGACAGAUCUCAUACAGUGUGUCAGAGGAGGUGAAACGGGGAACCACAGUCGGUAAUAUAGCUAAAGACAUUAACCUUUCAGUAAACGAUCUGCACUCAAGGGGCUUCCGUAUCGUGUCAGGCUCAAAAAAGCAAUAUUUUAGUGUGAAUAUAGAGACGGGCGCUUUGCAGGUGAGCGAAAGGAUUGAUCGCGAGGAGCUUUGCGCAGGCGCAAUCUCAUGCUCCGUUAACCUGGAAGCCGUGGUGAACAGUCCAUUGCAACUCUACCGGGUAAGAAUAAACAUUCUCGAUAUUAAUGACAACUCUCCAGUGUUUCCUAUGAGCUCCGUAGUGAUUAAUGUUAGUGAAAGCACCGCGCCUGGUGUGCGCUUUCCACUGGAGAGCGCGCAUGACGCAGACAUUGGAGUGAAUUCAGUAAAAAACUAUAAGCUUACAGCUAAUGAUUAUUUCACCUUAGAUGUACAAACUCAUAGUGAUAAGACGAUCUCCGCUGAAUUAGUGCUUCAAAAGGCUUUAGACAGAGAGAAGACUCCGCGGCUCGAGUUCACAGUGACUGCGGUUGAUGGCGGAUCGCCUGCCAGAACUGGAACCUUAAUGAUCGAGGUUAAUGUGUUAGAUAUCAAUGAUCACGCUCCAGUUUUCAGUAAGACAUUAUAUAAAGUCUCCAUAGCUGAGCACGCACCAAUUGGCACCACAGUUACCAGACUACAAGCUCGAGAUCUAGACGAAGGGUUGAAUGCGGAGAUAGUUUACUCCUUUAUUAGUCGAACACCCCAAAAUAUUCUGGAAAAGUUCGAUAUUGACGCGAAAAAUGGAGAUGUUAAAAUUAAAGGUGAUAUUGAUUAUGAGGAGAACACCGCUUUUGAGAUCAGAGUUCAAGCUACUGAUAAAGGUCAGGUGACCAUGUCAGGCCACACUAAGCUUUUAAUAGAGGUUCUUGACAUUAACGAUAACGCCCCAGAUGUGACUGUAACAUCACUUCUUACCCCGGUAGAGGAAAACGCGGGGAAGGGAACUGUAAUUGCCUUAAUGACCGUAUCAGAUCCAGACUCGGGGAAAAACGGAGCAGUGCGCGUUCGCCUUUUAGGCUCUAGACCAUUUAAAUUACAGUCGUCCUUUCAGAACUACUAUUCGUUAGUUUUAGAUGGCGUACUAGAUCGGGAAAACGUAACGGAGUACAACAUCACAGUCAUUGCUGAAGACGAAGGGUCACCGCCAAUGUCCAGAGCUAAAGUAAUACAAGUGCAGGUGUCUGAUGUGAAUGACAAUGCGCCUCGCUUCCCCAAUUCUGUAGUGUAUGCAUAUCUGCGUGAAAACAGCAAAGUGGGCUCCAUAAUCUCCACAACAACGGCCUCUGAUGCGGAUAUCAUGGACAAUGCGCAAUUAACAUACUCUUUACUGCAAAGCUCUGUGAAUGGUACACCUGUAUCAGCGCUCCUCAGAGUCAACUCAUUGACAGGAGAGAUCGAGAGCAUGCAGUCGUUUAACUAUGAGGAGAUCAAAACAUUUCAGUUUAAGGUUCAGGCCACAGACUCUGGUGUUCCUCCUCUCAGCAGUAACGUGACUGUAAAUGUUUUUGUCCUGGAUGAGAAUGACAACAGUCCCGGGAUUCUCGCGCCCUAUUCCGAGCUCGGUUCCGUUAACACAGAGAACAUUCCCUAUUCUGCUGACGCGGGCUACUUUGUGGCCAAGAUCAGGGCUGUAGAUGCAGAUUCUGGUUACAAUGCGCUGCUGUCUUACCACAUCUCUGAACCCAAAGGAAACAAUCUGUUCCGAAUCGGAACCAGCAGCGGGGAGAUCAGGACUAAGAGGAGAAUGAGUGACAAUGACCUGAAAACUCACCCGUUGGUCAUUUUGGUUUGUGAUAACGGAGAGCCCUCACUGUCAGCGACUGUGUCUAUUGAUGUUGUGGUUGUUGAAAGCGCUGGUGACGUCAAGACUCCAUUCAGACAUGCGCCGAUAAAGGAGGAGAGUUUCUCGGAUUUAAAUCUGUAUUUGCUGAUCGCCAUUGUGUGUGUGUCCGUCAUCUUUUUACUGAGCCUCAUCAGUUUGAUAGCUGUAAAAUGCCACAGGACAGACGGCAGUUUGGGCAGGUACAGCGCCCCGAUGAUCACCACACACCCUGACGGGAGCUGGUCUUACUCCAAAGCUACUCAGCAGUAUGACGUGUGUUUUAGCUCGGACACACUGAAGAGUGACGUAGUGGUUUUCCCCGCGCAAUUUCCGCCUGCAGAUGCAGAACUGAUCAGUAUUAAUGGAGGAGACACUUUUACCAGAACACAAACACUCCCUAAUAAAGAGAAGGUAAGAAAUUAA